AUGGAUGUUUCUGAGGACUUCAUAACGUACGAUGAAGAUUUGUCUAUGGGCUUCGACAUUUCAGAGAGUGAGGAAACAGAACCAACCAUUAUAGAUCCAGCCCAGACGUCAAACUGUUACAAUAUAAGGAAAGCAGAAGAUGCUAUGCAAAAGCUGAAAAAAAUCAUCAAAGACGAUGGGUGGCAACCAGUUGUUAAACACAAAAGCGGAGUCGUCGUCUGUAUGAAAAGUGGAGGCGAAGAGAAGAUUCCCAUAUUUAAAGGUGAAGGCAUCAUUAAAGGUCAUUCUCCUCAGGCGGUCUUUGCUGUCAUUGGUAUGAGAAAACUCUGGGAUGACUGGUAUGAGGAAGGCAAUCUUGUUGAAAAUCUAAAUGAUACUACAAGUCUGACUUACAUGGUUAUGAAGGGAUUGACAGGCUCAAAAUCUAGAGAUUUAUCCCUGGUGGAAAAAAUCGAAUGCCUGCCCACAGGAACAAUAUGCUUUGUAUCUACAUCAGUAGAAACACCGAAAGUUCCACGUAUUUCCAGCAAAGUCCGUGCUAUAUUAAAGCUAAACGGUUGGAUACUCGAGCCACUCGCUACAGAUCCUCCCUCCACUAAAGUUAUUUACAUCUUACAAACGGAUGUCAGAGGCUGGGUUCCCGGAAUAGUGGCCAAAAAAUAUUUGACGAGGCGUCCAUUUGUUAUAAAUGCAAUUAAUAAUUAUCUCCAAAAGAACGAUCCACCAGCAGUAAUCAUUAGCACGACCCCGCCACCAUCUCAUCCGCCAUCUCGUAAGCCAUCUAAAGCACAACUCAGGUCAGCCCGAUCUGUCAGACGUAGGAGGAGCAUAUCCAAUCAAUCGUCCGAGACAUAUCGUGAAAUCAAGACCUCGGUCGACUUGAAUGCACUAACCCCAACAGUUCCAGAAACAGAUACGGAUCCCGUAGACGUCACAUCAGAUCUGAAUGCAACUCUUGCAGCCAAAUCAUUGAUAUCUCCCUUCCCAUCCCCUCCACCCUCAUCACCAUCAGCAACACUAAAAGUAACUGCUAGUAACGCUUCUUUAAAAACGCCAUCGGAUUCCACGAAACCAGACGCAGCCUUUAAAGUUGCCGACACGAAAGAGGGCUCGAAAGUUGCUGACACAAAAGCAGAACAACAUAGACAUAUAGACAAAAUACAGGCAGCUCUUGCCGCCUUUAAGAAACAAGUUGAAGAUAAAAGCGGCUGGCAAUUCCACGCUGAAAGUAAGGGAGUCAAGACAUAUAUGAAAGAUAUACCUGGCAAGUCAAUGCCAAUGAUGCGUGGAGAGCAAACCUUCAAGGGUCAUUGGACGGCGGACGAUAUUUUGGCAGUAAUAAAUUCGCUUGAUUUCCGACCAUUCUGGGAUGAUCGUUACGAAGAUGGUGAAGUUGUCGAGCGUCUUGGAACAACCGACAUGCUCCUCCGAACAUCAAUGAAAGGAAGUUUCCUGGUCAGUGGACGAGAUUUGUCUGUUUGCGCCACGGUUGACCGUGAUCCCGUUACUGGGGCUAUUUGGACUAUAGGCACCUCAGUGGUCGACCCGAAAAUCCCUGAAACACGUAAAUAUGUCAGAGCUGAUUUGGACAUGGCGGGAUGGUACCUCAAACCUCAAUUUGACUCGAAUGGAUUUGUAACGGCGGUCGAAAUAGUUUACGUCGUCGGAAUUGAUAUUAAACUGGACGUCGUUCCUUCAGUAAUACUAAAGCAAUUAUCUAGUCAAACACCCAUGUGUGUCGGCAAAGUCUGUGAAGCCAUUCAAACAUAUGGUCAUCCGCCGUACAUUGCAAGUACAACAGGAGCGGUAACAUAUAUCAAGUUUGACAUCAAAUUGUCAAAGUACGACUUAAAAAUGACGGAUAUGAACGGUGGGUCGGUUGAGUUACGCCUGUGUAGGAAAAUAUACGCAAGUGGUUUUGAUGUUUCGAUCAAACCCGAAGUAGCGACGGUCGAGGUGUUGGCUGACAAUACAGAUGUCGUGCGCAUAACGAUACCCGCAAAACCAGAUUGUAAAGAUAUUAGUAUCAAAGUCACAAAGAACAUAGAGAACGGCUUUCAGAUGACAUAUAACGGGAAAUACACGAUUCCCGUGGCGGAUCCUAAAAGUGAUCUUAAAAGUGUACCUGAUACCAGUUCCACUAGAUCUACUACUUUAAACGAACAAGUGACUAAUGAUGAUACAUCAUCAUUACCUAAAAGCGAACCAAGUCGUCAGAUUAAUACUGUGAGCCCUGCUACUAUACGUUCUGACCAAGAUAUUCCACGAGAACUCUUGCAACGUAAACCGCCAACGGAUGCAGAACGGGCGGCUUUCUACCGGGAACUUGUUCGUAAAAAGUCUACGCUCGAGAAUGCGAAACCCGAGAAAGUGGAAACAUCAAAGGCAACCUACGAAACAAAGACAACCUAUGAGAGCGACGACACUAUCGCAACGACGCCUGUUGAGAAGGGCAAAAUAAGCGACGUUAUAAUCCCGUUGGAUAAGACUCAGUUCAACACACAUCAGGUUGCACUAAUGCUCGCAGCAAUGCUGUUGGCAUUCUAUACUGGGAAGCUUAGUGGAUGUAUAUCAAGUAUUACCAUGUAG